UCAUUGAAUAGCAAACAUCGAAACCCGUAAUUAACUCCAACUCCCAGGCAGAAACUAAAACAGAAAACGACAAACGAAAAGAUGGUACGAUCACCCGCCUAUAUAUAUAUAUAUAUUGUGUGUGCGGCCCCCCGCCGAUCACCCUCUCCGCGCUCCGUGUUCGAACCCUAGCCCUUGCCUUCGCCGCCGCUCACUCUACAGCUCGACUGCUCCUGCGUUCGACCUCAUUGAUGAUUGAUGAUGGCUUCCGCCCUUGUUAACAACGUCGGGAUCUCGCCGGAGGGGUUCCUCGACUGUCCCCCGGCGUACGGAUGGCUUAGCCCACGGAUCUCCUUCAGCCGUGACCUCCCUGACGAUCCCAAGCCCUCUUCGAAGCAGGAGAAACCUGAUCCUGAAGACCCCGUGAAGGAUCUCGUCGACUUUGAGUUCCGGCUUCAUGAUCCUGUUGCCAUGCUCCCCGCCGACGAGCUCUUCUCCGAUGGGAAGCUCGUCCCCCUCCAGCUACGGCCCUCUGCGGCGGACUUGUCAACGGCUGAGAACCGUUCACUGGAGGAGAUCAAGCCUCGGCGAAGGGUGGAGAUCGCCGUCUCUGAGGUCUAUGCGCUGUCGCCGAAGGCACCGAGAUGUUCCAGCCGGUGGAGAGAGCUGCUUGGGCUGAAGAAGCUUCAAAGCCCCAAAUCGGAGCCGCAGAAGCAGUCCUCAGCGCCGGGUAAGAUCUCUAACGCCAGAUCCUUGAAGCAUUUGCUGCAUAAGAACCCUAGAUCGUCAGCGCUAGACUCGUCCUUGAAUCUGCCGCUUCUCCGGGACUCGGAUUCGGAGUCAGUGUCCAUCUCUUCAUGCCGGCUCUCACUUUCGUCUUCCUCCUCCUCGGGACCAGAUCACGAGGAUCUCCCACGUCUCUCCCUCGACUCCGAGAAGCCUUGCCAUGCCCCCGUCUCACUGGGCCGGAACCCUCCGAGAGUGAGGGUUUCCCGGCCAAGGGCGGAGAUCAAUCCAUCGGUUUCUAGGAUGGGAAGGAGCCCGAUCCGGCGAGGGGAAGCGGUGACGCCGCGGGGCGCUUCAGUGGACAGCCCACGGAUGAACGCAUCCGGGCGAGUAGUGUUCCAGGGUCUCGAGCGUAGCUCGAGCAGCCCGGGGAGCUUCAAUGGCGGUCCAAGAGCGAAGCAUCGUGGUGUGGAGCGUUCGUACUCGGCCAACGUGGUGCGUGUCUCCCCAGUCCUCAACGUCCCCGUCUGCUCUCUUCGCGGAUCCUCAAAAUCCGUUUCCGUUUUCGGAUUCGGGCAGCUCUUCUCCCCCCAAAAGAAGGAUCGCGAUGGAUCCGCAACCCGAAACACCACCGCCGCCGCUGCCGGCGUCACCACUAAAACCAAGACCGAGAGGGCUUGAUAUCGGAGAUCUCUCGGUAAACUAAGAAAAAACUGAGAUAUUUCGGAAAUUUUCUAAUAAAAAAAACCCAUUAACUUGUUUUUUUAGUUAGUUUCAUGUAUUGUUUUUUUUUUUUUGUUAGAGAGAAAAAUGUUUUCUUGCUGUAAAUAAUGCUCUAAUUUCCAGAAUUUUCCUUGUUUUUCA